AUGUCGAAGGUGCUGUGUGACUGGGGUAUUCACGGGACAACAGAACCAGUUUUGCUCUGUGCAUGGUCUCCUAGCUGUCCUUCUUACCUUCAGAAGUCCCUUUGUGGGCUCCAAAGGGUUUUAGCGUCUUCAUCGGCUGCCUCUUUCUGGUACUUCUGCAACCCCCAUAACUGCAGGAUCCGAGUCCCUCUCAGCCUUCAGGCGAUCGCUACCUCCCCCUCAUCAGCACUCACAGCUCUGGAGCCAUAUAAUUCCGUAAGCACAUCACGAUUUGGCAGUGAAAUCGUCUGGACACCUCCUGCUCCUCGAUGGGCACCUGAGGACGCAAUGGCAUGGUAUUUGGGAGCCACUUGCUGUAACAGCUUGCCACAGGAGAAGUAUACAUGUCUAAGGCACAACUUCAAAGGCCAAAGGAAAACAAGAAUGAUGAAGAAAAUCCAGAUAUGCCUCUGCUUCUUCUUCGUCUCUGGCAUUUUGUAUGAGAUAUCCUUGCUGUCAGGCUGCAUCUUCUCCUGUAUCCCUCUGUCCAAGCACUUCCUGACACCUGAGCAGGUUCUGAGCCUUGGUAAAAGCAUCAUCUUUCUGGAGACCACGGAGCGCCUGGAGCCCCCUCCACUGGUUUCCUGCUCUGUGGAAUCUGCUGCCAGGAUUUACCCUGACAGGCCCAUCAUCCUUUUCAUGAAAGGACUUAAUAACGAAACAGCGUUGGACUCAAACUCCAGCUACACCGCCUUCUCGCUUUUAUCAUCUAUGAACAAUGUCUUCAUUUUCCCCCUCCAGAUGGAAACUCUCUUCAAGGACACCCCUCUGCUCCAGUGGUACAACCAGAUAAACCCAGAGCAGGAGAAGAACUGGGUUCACAUCAGUUCUGAUGCCAGCAGACUGGCACUCAUUUGGAAAUACGGGGGGAUCUACAUGGACACGGAUGUCAUCUCCAUCAGGCCUAUUCCAGAGGCAAGCUUCCUGGCAGCACAGAAGUCUCAGUUCUCCAGCAAUGGGAUCUUUGGCUUUCCUUCCUAUCACAGAUUUAUUUGGAACUGCAUGAGGAAUUUUGUUCUAAAGUACAAUGGGAAAAUUUGGGGCAACCAGGGGCCCUUUUUAAUGACAAGGAUGCUGAAAGCCAUCUGUAAUCUCACAGAUUUUGUGGGCCUUGAGGAUCACAGCUGCCAGAACAUCUCCUUCUUAAAUCCCCAACGUUUCUAUCCCAUCCCGUACCCAGCCUGGAGAAAGUACUAUGAGGUGUGGGACAAAAGCCCUAAUUUCAACCACUCCUAUGCACUGCACUUGUGGAACUUCAUGAACAAUAACCAGAAAGCAGUAGUUGCGGGGAGCAAUACACUGGCAGAAAAACUGUACAAAACAUACUGCCCCACAACAUACAAGGAUUUGAUUCAAAGAACAGAAGAGAGAGAGUUCACACAGUAUAAAGCCUCUGCUUGA